AUGUGCCAAAGGAAGUAUGCACUUGAAGCCAUCUCUGAAUCAGGGCUAGGGGGAGCAAGACCAGCAGGAACACCACUUGAAGUAAAUCAGAAGCUAACUUCUGAAGAAUAUGAUAGAUGUAUAAAAGGUAGUGAGGAGCAUGCAGAUAAACUACUCAAAGAUCCAGGAGCACUUAGAGUAGUCAGAUAUCUAAAAGAAGCCGCAGGGUUAGGGCUGUUGAUGCCUACACAGAAUUCAAAUAAGCUAAGUGCUUAUUGUGACUCAGACUGGGGAGCAUGUUUGCAAACCAGGAGAUCAGUGACAGGAUACUUAGUAAAGUUUGGGGAUGCACUAAUCUCUUGGAAGUCAAAGAAAUAA